AUGGUCCGCACACUGUAUGCCAUUGGUGCCUUGUUUCUUCUGAUGGGAUUUCUGCUACCAGCAGCUGAAGGGAGAAAGAGGAAUCGUGGAUCUCAAGGUGCUAUUCCCCCUCCUGUCAAGGAUCAGCCCAAUGAUUCAGAGCAGAUGCAGACACCGCAGCAGUCAGGUUCCAGGCAUCGAGAGCGAGGAAAAGGCACCUCAAUGCCUGCUGAAGAGGUGCUGGAGUCUAGUCAGGAGGCAUUGCACAUCACUGAGCGCAAGUACCUAAAGCGGGAUUGGUGUAAAACCCAACCCCUCAAACAAACUAUCCACGAAGAAGGCUGCAACAGUCGUACCAUUAUCAACAGGUUCUGCUAUGGCCAGUGCAAUUCCUUCUAUAUCCCCAGGCAUGUCCGUAAAGAAGAAGGCUCCUUCCAGUCUUGUUCCUUCUGCAAGCCCAAGAAAUUCACCACCAUGACUGUUACACUCAAUUGCCCCGAGCUUCAGCCCCCAAGAAAGAAGAAAAGAAUCACCCGAGUUAAGGAGUGCCGGUGUAUAUCUAUUGACUUGGACUAA